AUGUGUGGUGUCUUCCAUGCAAAUGGCACCGCCUUGCAGCGACCUGGGCUUCAGAUGCAGCCUGGCGCCCUGGCACCACGGAGAGACGAGAAGAUCGGCCUUCAGCACAUCGGAUAUUUGGUAUUCUUCGGCCACAUGCGUCGGAGCUUCGAGCCUUGCAGCGCCGCGCGCGGCAAGCAGCGGCCUGGCCUUGCGACGCUGGCAUUUGCAACAUUUGUCCGUUUGCAGUCGAAGGGCAAGUGCACAUAUGUGCGCCAUGACCUGGAUUCCCAAUCGCAGGAUCACCCCUACGUCGUGCGCAGCGUUUCCUCCUUUCUGGGCAAAAGCUUUCCAGGUGCAGAUCAGAGCAUCUACGAGGAGCUGGCAGCUGCCGAGGCCUCCGUGCUCAGAGCACGGGCUGCCCUGUGGCAGCAGACUUUGCCGAAGGAGGCCCUGCAGGCAUGCGAGUUGGACGUGCAAAAUGCCGCCCUCAAAGUGCACGAGAUCUGCGAGACGUCUCUGCAGAGUUCGGCACUUGCAUGGAUUCACGGUCGGGUAAAAGUAUCCGCCAAAGAACUGAUGGAAGACAUCGUCGCCCGGCUCUCGCAGUAUGGAGGUCGGUCUGAAACUGCUCCUUGCGCAGUGCAGCCUUCCCGCGCUCAGCGAAGAAUCAUCGAAUGCCCUCACAGUCUUUUUCUUCAGGGUCGCUCCCGCACUGGCAAAACGAUUUGCAUCAUUCACCGCAUCCUGCGUGCACGUCGCCAGUUCCCUGCUGCAAAGCGCCUCUUCGUCACUCGGUCGUCGUUGCUUUGCGCACAGGUGUUGGAGCAGUUAACGGUCUUCGGCAGUGCAUCUCGUGAUGCUGCUCUUCUGCGUGGCAGCAUUGGCGGCACACCUGUCUGCGUGACGUGGGAUGAGCUGGUUAAGGCAUUGGUCCCAAAGGCCCAGCCGGCCAUUCAGUACUCAGGCUUCUCGAGUCGCUUUUGGCCCUCCCUGAAAGCUCCACCAGACUUGGAUCCCCUCUUGGUUUGGGCAGAAUUCCAUAACAGGCUGCGGAGCUUUGAUGCCACCGUGCUGCACGGCGAGGGCCUCGGGGCAGUCUCCUUCGCAGAGUACCAAGAGAAGAAGACGCUGGACAGCACUGGUGGCUACUCUCUCACUCAAGAGCAGUAUUGUGAGGCUGUUGCAGGUGAGGGCCUGUCUGCCCUGGGAGUGCCUCUUCAGCCGCAGCAGCGGCGAGAAAUCUACCGUAUGUUUCUGGAGUACUUGCGCCUGAAGCGAGCGUACCCCGAUGGCACCGAUGUGGCCGUGGCACUUCGAAAUGCCGGCGAGGGGGCGCUCGUUCACGAGAUCUAUGUGGACGAAGCUCAGGAUUUCUCACCUGCCGAGUUGACUGCUCUCAUGUCCUUGUGCGGACACGCUGAUGGCAUCACCAUUGCGGGGGAUACCUGUCAAACGAUCAACCCGGGGAGUGCCUUCUCGUUCCAAGACAUCAUGGACACCUUUCUGAGGUUGGAGCCGAAAUGCUUUGCAGGACUUACUGAUGGUGAUCCAGACAAGGAAGCGGCCAAGUGCUCUUGGGAUCACGUUGGAGACUGCCGGCAGAUGUCGCUGGCUUUCAACUAUCGCUCUGCACCGUCCAUCGUGCGACUGGCGAACACAGUCUCAGAGCUGCUUGUGCAGAUGUUCCCCAACACUGUGGAUGCCGUGGAAGAGACUGCCACUGCCGCGCAAGGUGGUGAAGUGCCGCUCUUUGUGCACUCGCAUUCUGGAAGUGAGGUUGUGGACAUUGUGAUGGGCACUGGUGGCCGCCUCCUUCGCAGCAUGGAUUCCACGCGCUGUGUUGUGCUGGUUGGUGCGGACUCGGCUCGUCAGAGCCUUCGCCAUCAAGGCCUCAGAAGCACUAUUUUGACGGUGGCGGAGGCCAAAGGCCUGGAGUUCGAUUUCGUGGUUAUCUGCGACUUCUUUAAGGUGUGUGGGGACGGAGCUUCCUGGUAUGCAGUAGAGGAAUUCCUGAAGGCCAAGACAGCCGAGAAGCGCCGCAAGCGCCCAACACAGGCCCAGCGCGGCAUGUCCCAUAAUGCCAGCCAGCGGAUCCCGUCCCUGGUCCGGGAUCUGAAGGCACUCUACGUGGCCAUCACUCGUUCACGUUGCGGCUGUGCUUUCGUGGAAUCGGGCCCAAAGUCCCUUUGGGGUCCCCUGCUUGAGCAUUGGCAAAGCCGAGACUUGGUGAAGUUCGUGGAUGGCGUCUCUGCUUACGCGAAGAUGUCAGGCCCAGGCUCUGAUGCUCCAACUGCUCGGUCAGGCCAAGGGGAGGAGGCUCCUCCCAGGGCCGCAGUCCGCCUCGAGUCGGUGCAGCAAGCGCUCGCUUGGCUCUGGUCCGAACUCCAGCUGCGCAGUGGACCGGACCAGAAGAAAGUCCGGAAAGUAUUGGGACAGGAGCGACUGCGGCUGCAGGCCGGCCACGCUUUGGAUCCCCUGUUCAUGCAGCAUUUCGCAGCAGCACACGGAGGAGUUCUCUCUCAAGCGUCGAAGGGCCACUCCAUGUCUGCGGAUGGUACUGGUCAUCCUGCUGCGGCAACUUCGGCACGCGAGCAAGCUGACGAAGGGCCAUGGCCAGAUCUUUCGUCCUUGGUGGACCUGCUCCAACUGCGCUGUCGCAUGGAAAGGACGCCGCAAGGAAUGGCCGCGGCCUCCAAGCAACUCUGGAGACGAGGCCUCGAGCUGCUUGCGCACGCUUCCGACGAUUCAGAUCAGCGUUGGCAAGUUUAUGGUGAGGCCGAAGCUGUUUUCGGUGAGAGCCUUGUGUGCGCAGACAAGCUUCUCGACGUGCAACUCUCGCAAAGAGCCAGGCUGACGGAACCGCAAGUGGACAGCCAUCCCGACCGGAAGAGGACACAGACAGACAACGCCGACAUUCAGACCCCUGCGAACGUGAUCCGGAAGGCUGUUCAGAUCGCUGUGAGUUACGUGAGCUCGGCCAGCCUGCAAGACCACAUGUUUGCCGACAUCUUGGAUGCCAAGUCAUCAGUGGAGCAGGAGAGGUUCCGAGUGCGAGGAUGGCUGCUGUCGGGUCGGGAGGUGGCUGACUUCGAGAUUGCGGCCAGCGCCAGCUUGGGAGACUUGUACUCUCGCUUUGAGGAGUUCCUCGGCCAGCGGUGUCACCUCAUCUUGUCGGAAGCUGGGUGCACACAAAAACAAGAUCUGUCAUCCCUGGAUUCUACGAGCUCGCUGCGUGAGAUCCUUGCGGAGACGGUUGAAGCCUGGAGCUCGGAUCUGGCCUGGCACCGCGGCAUUUGCGAGAUUUUGGCAGCCCAGCUUGUGCGGCCCAGUCCCAGUCAUGCUGCCGCCGCGGCCGGGGCGACACAGCUCCGGGCUUUGUGUGUCCCGCGCAUAUGGGAGACAGUCUUCGCCAUGCUUUCGCGACCUAGAGAUUCCGAGUUCGAGGCACGCUGUGCCUUCCGGCUCACAGUGGAACGGUGCUUGGAGUACAUGACAUUCCGUGGUGCAGCACGCAAGAAGGUCCAUCUGGCUCGUGCUAACCGCUUGCGCUACACUGCUUUGUAUUCUGACGAAGUCAGCCGAGAUGCUGACAUGGCAGCACGGGAGUUGGAAAAGCUUCUGAAGGAGGAGGCAUCGCUGAGCCCCAUGCAGCCCAUUGUUGAAACAGCGGCCGCUGUGCAAGCACUCUUGCUGAAAGCUAGCCCUUUGCAGUUGGAAGAAGCCCGAGUGUUUUUUGGAGAAGUCCUCGUACCGAAGCUUCGUCGCCGCGCCCGGUUACACUGGAGCGCUGCUCGACUCUUCGAGUCGCUGGGAGAUGCGCGCGAGGCGGCAAACGACUUCCAAAGCUCCUCCGAGGCCGCGUUCCAAGUGGUGGCUGCAUGGAGAGACAUUUCCCAGAUGCUGGGCGACACAGCAGUCGGAGUCUUGUCGAUGGUGGAGCAGCAAGCCCGCGCUAGUGCUCGCCGGGCAGCGCUAUGCUGGGUCCACUUUGCUUCGGAGAUGGCAGCAAGCCGAGCAGACACCAUGCCAGACAGGACCUCCAUGAAGGCGGCAGAGCAGCAGUUCCUGAAUGCAGGAUGCGUUGUUGAUGUGGUUCUCUGCGCUGCAGCCGGCUCCUCUCCCAAACAGCUCUUUCAGAUGGCGGCUGCUUGUCCGCAAGAGUCUCUACGGAGAGGGCUCCUCGUUUAUGGCGCACUGCUUUGGCACGAGGGGUAA